GAACGCAUGGAACGUUCAUCAUCAACAGCCAAGAACUUGUGCGGACAAAUUUUCCGGUACAGGAAACCAGUACUGGAGUCCAAGCAUUGCGAUGUGUUUAUCAGCCAUCGGCGGAUCGAUACAUACAGAAACGUUGCAGGGCUUCUGUACGAUCACUUGUCCAGGCUAAAUUUUAGACCGUUCUUGGAUAGCAAGUCCAUGAAGCCUGGGGACAAGUUGUUCGAGAAAAUAGAUGCGGCGAUACGUGAUUGUCGGGUAGGAAUCGUGGUGUUUUCUCCAAAUUACUGCGACUCCUAUUUUUGCCUGCACGAGUUGCACAUGAUGAUGGAGUGCAGGAAGAAGGUUUUACCGAUUUUCGUUAACGUGAAACCCUCAGAGCUUAGGGUUUUGGAUUGUGGAAGCUGCCCAACAGAAGAACUAUUUAGGUUGAGAGAGGCUAUUGAGGAGGCCAAGAACACUGUUGGAUUGACAUUUGACACUUCAAAUGGGGAUUGGUCGGAACUGCUAAAGAAUACCUCGGACGCGGUUACGCAAAACUUGCUACAAGUUGAAGGAGAGAGAAUAGGCAGGAAGCAGAAGUACAUAGGCUAUUGA